AUGUGUCUCGUUGAAGUCGAGAGAGCACCCAAACCCGUCGCCUCCUGCGCGUGGCCCGUCCAGCCCGGAAUGGUAGUCAAGACGAACUCGCCUCUAGUACACAAAGCCAGAGAAGGUGUUAUGGAAUUCCUACUCGCCAACCAUCCACUUGACUGCCCCAUUUGUGAUCAGGGAGGAGAAUGUGAUCUCCAGGACCAGUCGAUGAGAUAUGGCGCCGACCGAGGAAGAUUCCACGAGGUUGGAGGAAAACGUGCUGUUGAGGAUAAAAAUAUUGGUCCAUUGAUCAAAACAUCCAUGAACAGAUGCAUUCACUGCACACGAUGUGUUCGUUUCGCCAACGAUGUUGCUGGUGCCCCCGAGUUAGGAACCACCGGACGCGGAAACGACAUGCAGAUUGGAACUUACCUCGAGAAGAACUUGGACUCUGAACUGUCCGCAAACGUCAUCGACUUGUGCCCAGUCGGUGCGUUGACCUCAAAGCCAUAUGCAUUCCGCGCCAGACCAUGGGAACUUAAGCACACCGAAACCAUUGACGUUCUCGACGCUCUCGGCUCCAACAUCACGGUUGACACCCGAGGAAUGGAAGUUAUGCGUGUUCAGCCCAGACUAAAUGACGAUGUUAACGAGGAAUGGAUCAACGACAAGACCAGAUUCGCAUGCGAUGGUCUCAAGACCCAGAGACUCACCACCCCUCUUAUCCGUCGGGAUAACAAGUUCGUUCCCGCAACAUGGGAACAAGCCCUGACUGAAAUUGGAAACGCCCACAAAUCUUUGGCCCCCAAGGGCAACGAGUUCAAGGCUAUUGCCGGCCACUUGAUUGAGACCGAAUCUCUCGUUGCCAUGAAGGACCUCGCUAACAAACUUGGAUCUGAAAAUCUUGCUCUUGAUCAAGCAGGUGGCAGCCAGCCUAUCGCACACGGAGUUGAUGUUAGGUCUAACUACCUUUUCAACUCCAAGGUUUAUGGAAUUGAAGAAGCCGACACCAUGCUCUUGGUCGGAACCAACCCCCGUCACGAAGCUGCCGUUCUCAACGCUCGCAUCCGCAAACAGUACCUCCGCUCUAACCUUGAAGUCGGCCUUGUUGGUGAAUCCUUUGAAAGUACCUUCGAAUUUGAACACCUUGGAACCGAUGCCGCAGCCUUGAAGACUACCCUUGCUGGAGCCUUCGGAAAGAAACUUGCUGCCGCAAAGAACCCUAUGAUCAUUGUCGGAAGCGCUGUGGCAGAACACCCCGAUGCCAAAGCCAUAUUUGAGACAAUUGGAUCUUUCGUCGACAAGAACGCCGCUAAAUUCACCACUCCACAAUGGCAAGGUUACAACGUCCUACAGCGCGUAGCAUCUCGAGGCGGUGCCUACGAAGUUGGUUUCACCACUCCAUCCACUGAGGUCGCCAACACCACCCCCAAGAUGGUCUGGCUGCUCGGAGCCGACGAGAUUAGCGAAGCCGAUAUCCCCAAGGGCGCCUUCGUCGUCUACCAAGGCCACCACGGUGAUCGUGGAGCUCAGCUCGCUGACGUCGUCCUCCCCGGUGCCGCAUAUACUGAAAAGACCGGAACCUACGUCAACACCGAAGGCCGCGUUCAAAUGACCCGUGCUGCCACCUCACUUUCCGGAGCAUCCAGAGAGGAUUGGAAGAUCAUCCGAGCAGUCAGCGAGUUCCUAGGUGCCCCAUUGCCUUAUGAUGACGUUGAGAUGUUGAGAGAUCGCAUGGAGGAGAUCAGCCCUGCCCUCCGAAGAUAUGAUAUCGUCGAGCCCUCAUCCCUCGCCUCAUUGAGCAAGGUACAAUUGGUAGACCAGAACCGAGGUAGCAAGGCUACCGGCGCGCCAUUGAAGAAGCCAAUUGAGAACUUCUACCUCACAGACGUUAUUUCCAGAAGCUCACCGACAAUGGCAAGAUGCUCCGCUGCCAAAGAAACUGGAAACCCGGAGACCAACUUCAUGGCUCCCGGCGAAAGCUCCGCUACAGCUCAAGCCAUCCAAGGAUAA